AAGAAGGGGGAAAAGAGGCGGCGGCGCAGCCGCAAGGAGAGCUACUCUAUCUACGUAUACAAGGUGCUGAAGCAGGUGCACCCCGACACCGGUAUCUCCUCUAAGGCUAUGGGUAUAAUGAACUCCUUUGUCAAUGAUAUCUUCGAGCGCAUCGCUGGCGAGGCUUCGCGCCUGGCUCACUAUAACAAGCGCUCCACCAUCACUUCACGGGAGAUCCAGACGGCCGUCCGGCUCCUGCUGCCCGGUGAGCUGGCCAAGCACGCCGUCUCCGAGGGUACCAAGGCCGUGACCAAGUACACCAGCUCCAAGUAA